GUUUACGUUGAAUUCGAGAAUAGCUUGGUCGCGUCCUCACGCUACUUGAUACGACUCCGGUACUGUCGAAUGACAUAUCAUAUCUAAGGUUGUUUGCCAAGGUCGUUCAUCAGUCUCAAAUACUUUAAGACUUCGCAUUUGGUUUUUCCUUAGAAAUACGCUUUUCUGGAUGGUCCGUUCUAUGUUAUCUUGCUCUCAGGAAAAGUCGCGGUAGUUUUUGUGAUAUUUGAUGAUUUGGUAACAGAUUUUUGAUGCGAUGGAAAGUUGCGGAACAUUUUGCCGCCUUGUUAUUCUUGCGAUGUGUUGACCUCUUAUCUUAUGGUAUUUGAAACGAUUUUUUAGAGAAAAAUGCAACAAUGAAAUUUUGCAGUAUAACAUACAGUAUUUUCGUCUUUUCUUCUCUAUGCUUUGUUGCUGCCAUAACAAAGCACGACUUCCGGUAUAUAUCGCAUAAAGAUUUACAACCAUCAUUGAAUAAGUUUGCUUUAGAAGGAGCUACUUCUUAUUCUCAAAUGUUAUUUGAUGUGGCCAGGGAUCAAAUGUUUAUAGGAGCACGGGACUCACUAUACAGGUUGCAUUUAUCCAAACUAAAAUUGUUAGAAGCCGUUAAAUGGGAAGCAACUCCGGAAAAAAGACGCUCCUGCAUUUACAAAGGGCAAGACGAGGAAAACUGUCAUAAUUUUAUUAAAAUUCUUCUGACCAACGGGCAUCAAAUUUUCACAUGUGGCACUAAUGCCUUUUCUCCGUUAUGUUCUUGGAGAAAUAUCGACGAUCUAUCCAAUGUUACCCAAAUACUUGAUGGGGUUGCUAAGUGCCCCUAUGAUCCUGCGGCUAGUGUUACUGGGUUCCUUUCGAAUACAUAUGAGUACUUUUUCGGUGGAACUACAGAUUUCUCAAGCUCAGAUUCCUUGAUUUCAAAGAACAUUAAUGGUGCUCCGUUAUUAAGAACUAAGCAAUACAAUAGUUUCUGGUUAAAUGACCCCCAGUUUGUCGGUUCAUUUGAAACCGCAGAUUUUGCUUAUUUUUUGUUUAGAGAAACGGCCGUCGAAUAUAUCAAUUGUGGAAAAGCUGUAUAUUCAAGAAUAGCACGUGUAUGUAAAAAUGAUCAAGGAGGAAAUACCAUGUUGAAAGACAAUUGGACUACUUUCAUUAAAGCUCGAUUAAACUGUUCUAUGAGUGGAGAAUAUCCAUUCUAUUACAAUGAAAUCCAGGGAGCUCAGUAUAUUCCUGAAGAGAAUAUUGUUUAUGCAACAUUUACAACUCCUUCCAAUAGCAUUGCUGGCAGUGCUAUGUGUGCUUUCAAUAUGACGGCUAUAGAUGACGCUUUUAAUGGGCCAUUCAAGUUUCAAAAUGACAUGGACAGUGCUUGGACAAGACAUGAAGUACCCAAUAGAGAUCACUUAGAUUGCAAACUUCCCAGACAUAACAAUCUUCUGGAGACUUCAAGGUACCAGCUAAUGGAUAGCGCUAUUCAAGCUACUACUUUGGAUCCAUUACAUUCAACCGAGCUUGAAAGAUUCACACAUAUAACUGUUGAUGUGAUCGCCAGUAAAAAUUACCGUCACAUUCACGUUAUUUAUAUUGCAACAGAAGAUGGGUUAAUUAAGAAACUAACAGUUUUGCCAAGAUCAAAAACAGCUUGCAUAGUGGAAGUUUGGCAAGUGAUUUCUAAUCCCAAGGAUUCAAUUAAAAAUAUGCAGUUUUUGAAAGAAACAAAUUCUAUUUACGUCACCACAGAGGAGGGACUAAUAACUAUACCAGUAGAUCACUGCCGAAGACAUUCUUCGAAGGAAAGUUGUCUUAAUGCUAUGGAUCCUUACUGUGGAUGGAACGAAUUGGAAGAUAGAUGCACUACAGCUCCUGAUGGGGAUCCACAUCAUAAAUAUUGGAAGCAACUUAUGAACUCAUGCCCUGUGCUGAAUACACCAAUAAAUGGAGGUUGGAGCUCUUGGUCCGAUUGGCAACCUUGCUACCAUAGAAUAUCUUUCGAAACAGAUGAUGAUCAGUGUUUAUGUCAAACAAGGCAAUGCAAUAAUCCAUCACCAGCAAAUGGAGGUCUUUCUUGUACUGGCGCAUUGGUAGCAGUUUCUAAUUGCACAGUUCAUGGUGGCUGGUCUGAAUGGUCUUCCUGGUCAUCAUGUUCCGCUACUUGUGGAACUGCUGUUAAAACUAGAUUCAGAUCUUGUAGCAAUCCAGCACCAGCUUUUGGUGGAAGGGUUUGUGUUGGUCAAGAUCGGACUGAAGCUUUCUGUGCAGAAAUUCCACCUUGCCCAACCGAACCAACAGACGGUGGUUGGUCAGCGUGGUCACCCUGGUCCCUCUGUUCAUCUAAUUGUGGGGGAGGUUUCAAAACGCGCCAAAGAAGAUGUGACAAUCCUUCUCCCAGAAAUGGGGGUCAGCACUGCAGAGGAAAUGAUAUAGAAUACGAAAAAUGUAAUGAACAUAUGUGCAAGGAACAUAAACAAUUGCAAUCAACUGAAUGGGUUACUGAUUACAAUAUAUCCAAUCGCCAUUAUCACCAGAAAAGAAUUAAAAUUACUUGCAAAGCUCCUGUUAAGCACGCACAACAAAUUAAGAUUUUUGUUAAAGACGAAAGUCAAAUUUGUCAUUCAAAUAAAUGUGAAUCUGACGAUAUUGAUCAUACUGGCUGGAGCUCUUGGACGAAUUGGAGCGAAUGUUCUGCCAGCUGUGGAGGAGGGACUCAAUCUAGAACUCGGUAUUGUUUCAGAGGCAAUUGCCAAGGACCAGGAACUCAAACAAAAGAUUGCAAUAAACAUGCAUGUGAAGAUAGCUGGGGUUGUUGGACCGAGUGGUCACCAUGCAAUGUUUCUUGCGGAUGGGGUGUCAAAACACGAUAUAGAGAAUGUUUAGGUCAAACCUGUAAGGGAGAAGAAACAGAGAAGCAAGCUUGUCAGGAUCAGUCUUGUGAAAAUAUCUUAGGUUGGGGAAACUGGACAGAAUGGUCUCUAUGCGACGAAAACGAUCUUCAAUACAGAAAAAGGACUUGUUAUACGGAUCACCCAGGCCCUCACAUGUGCCAAGGCAACGCAGUGCAAGCAAGAAUGUGUGUAGGCAAUAUCCUUACAAAUGAAAUAAAUGCUUAUGGUGUCCAGGCUUUCGACUGUUCCUGUACAAAAUCAAACCUAAGCCUAUUCUUUCUAGGGUUGAUCUUGGGAUUAUCUCCUAUUAUCAUUUAUUUAGUUUUUAACACAAUAAAGAAGAAGAAACACAGGGUGCCAAGUUCGCCUCACUAUAUUACUGAGUCCAAUCCCUACAUUGCUGUACCUGUGAGGGAAUGCAAAACUACACUCAAAAAGCAAAAUAGUUAUAAUGUCAAUAAUGGGACAAUAAAAUCAAAGUUUGAUUUUGAGUUUGUACCAACCCUCAAAACGCACAACAAUGACAUGAAAAACGGACAUGCUAAGCAAUAUUAUGAUAGUGAUAAGCAUUUAUACGAAUAGCUUAUCUUUUUUGACUGAUUAUUUUUUUAAAGUUUUUGAUAACGUAUUAAUUUGUGUUUUAUGUUUGUCGAAUUUAUUGUUUAUAACUUUUAUAUUUUACGUCUGUGCCUAUAUUCCGCUAAAAGUGGCAUUUUAAAUUUUAUAACAAAACGUGUGAGUUUUUUGGAGGCGAUCUCUUGACUGUUUCCGAACUUGUGAAGGAUUUCUUGAGAGUCGGUCAGGUUGAAAUAAAACUAUUUGAAAUUUGAAGCAUAUUCUUACGUUACGGAAUUUACUUGGUAUUCCAUCAUCAGAAAAAUCAAAAUGCUCAAAAGUGCAAUAUACUAAAACAAAGGGAAAAUAAAUUUUCAAUAGACAAGUUAUUCACUACAGAGAACUCUCUGAGAAACAGACACUUACUAAAUAGGUCAUUACCUACACUUUACAGCAUUUAAACAUAAUAUUAUGUGAAAGAAGUAUGUUCAAUUAACUAUGACAAACAGAAUCAAACUUUCACAACACAAAAACAAGGAUUACUGUGAGGACAAAAAAAAAUGAGAGAACAUCAGCUGUAUCUAGUUUUUUCUGUCAGAAGUAAAACUGAUUUAAAAUUGAAAAUAUGAACAAAACAAAUUGUGGUAUGCGUUUCCUGUGUUGCUACCUAAUUAAGGAUUUUAGUGGGUUUUCUUCCUUUUUUUCUGUUGGAUUACUAUAUUCUAUUUAAUGUAAUAAAGUACUUGUAAUGGUUUUAUUUUGAAAGAUAAAGAGAAGCAAUUGAGAGGGGUAUAAAUUUAAAAAAAAAAAAGGUGGAGAACAUCAUCAGUAAAUUCGUUCACGGUGAGUGGUGUUAAAACAAUUCACUCCAUUUCCCUGAACGAAUUUGCUGAUGGUGUUGAACUUUGCUUAUCCUCUACCUACUUCAAUUUUGUUAAUAAAUUUUGAACGCAGAUUUUCGGUACAGCCAUAGAAUAAUGGGUUCCCCAAUCUUUGCAACUAUCGCAAACCUUGUAUGGCAUGUGAGAAGGAGAAUGCUACUUCUAACUUAAAUUUCAAACUACUAUUUUUAAAGGGAUAUGUGUACGACUCUUUGUGUUCGAAAAAAUAAACAACUACUCUUCAAUGGCUUCAACAAUAAAAAAAAAAAAAUCCAUAGAAACAGAGAAUGAUAAAUACUAGCACCAUUUUCUAGACAUAUCACAGAAGACUAUUCUAAUAGCAAAACAACAAAUUAGUACACUAAGGGCCGAUACUUUUGAUCUCGAUCAACGAAUUUGAUAUGUCGUUGAAUUUAACAAUGUUUUGCAUGGGCCAAAGGUCUGUAGGUAUAAUGUGGUUACUGGUUGGAGCCCAUUUAAGCCCCUGAUUAUCUUUAACGGCUAUCAAAUUCGAAAACUGAGAACAAAAGUACCAGCACUAACAGUAUACCUAUAUGGUCGACUUGACUGAAUCCCAAGAAAUCCUUCACAAAAACGUGUACCUAAGUAUGUAGAUAAAACUGUAAAUAUUGUGAUAUCUUAUUGUUACAAAGAAACUAUUUAAUACAUAUUCCUAAUAAGAAAUACCUUUUAGGUAAUUAACAGCUAAUUAAGUUUUAUAAACAUUUUAAAUUGUUGCGAUUGCUAGUUGCCAUAAAGUACCUAGGUGAUAAUAUUUUAAGAUUUUCUUAUCCUUAAGAUAAAAGAGAUGGACAUCAGGGUCUGUUCCUUAUAAUUAGUGCGGCUUCUACAGCUUAAACAAAAAAAAAAUUAAAUAAUAGUUAAAUACAAAAGUUGUAGGAUUUCAUCCCUGUUAUCUUUUGCAAAUAUCUGAACGGGCAAUUGACAGGUGCCAACUAUCAUAAUGACAAAUACUUGCAUUUUUUAAAAUGGCACACCCUUUAUAUUUUUGCUAGAAUGAUAGAUUUUUUCUUCUGAUUGAUAUUUGGUUUAGCUGUUUUUGUGCUCUUUAAUUUUAAAAUUGCAUUGAGCAAGCCUCAUCAUUGAUAUGAGAAACCGGGAAGAGACCUAACUUAAAUAGCGUGAAAAUAGCUGAACCAAAUACCAACAUAUAUGGUAUAUCUGGAAUCAGAAGAAAAAAAUCUAUCAUUUUAUCCAAAAAUAUACAGGGUAUUCCGUUUAAAAAAUGCAAGUGAUAUACAUUUGCAAAAGAUAAUAGAGAUAAAAGCCUACAACUUUUGCAUUUCACUUUUUUAAAUUUUUUUUUUUGUUCAAGCUGUAGAAGCCGCACUAAUCAUAAGGAACAGACCCUGUUCAUACAUCUUUACAGGUGAUUUACGUAGCCCGUGCAUUAGCUUGCUGGUGGAUUAGAUGCUCCCUCUACUAAUCCACCUGCAAACUGGAAAACUUCUAAUACACGAGCUACGUGAAUCAGAGUCUAUAUGUAGGUGGGUAUCUACCUACCUAAACAUUAUUUCUCAGAUUGGGAAAAAAAAUGUAGUAGCUAUGCUAUGGUAAUAAACGAAAAUUUGAAAAAUAAAAUAAAAAUAUUUUUGUUCUAAGUCUUUCAAAAUGUAUAUUAUGUACCUACCUUCCCAUUAUCUACCUCCUCUACAACUAUCUUUCGAAGUAGGGUUCGUUCCCUACCAAUACAUAUCAGCCAUGUUUGAUAAAAUAGUUCAGUUUGCGCUUGUAAAUUCUCAUAGGCUUCAGGUAAAUAACUCAUGCCAUACUCGAUACCUGGAUCUUGCCUAUCCUUACGUCGUCCCUAAUUCCAUUGUCUACUUC